CGCGCGCCGUCUCCGUCCGCGGUCUCGCCGGCUCCGCGCCCCUCCUUCCCGCGGCGCUCGAGGGACCAUGGCCGAUCCCCGCGUGAGGCAGAUCAAGAUCAAGACCGGCGUGGUGAAGCGAUUGGUCAAAGAAAAAAUGAUGUAUGAAAAAGAAGCAAAACAGCAAGAAGAAAAGAUUGAAAAAAUGAAGGCUGAAGAUGGUGAAAAUUAUGCCAUUAAAAAGCAGGCAGAGAUCCUGCAGGAGUCCCGGAUGAUGAUCCCAGAUUGCCAGCGCAGGCUGGAAGCUGCCUAUGCCGAUCUUCUGCAGUUAAUAGAGAGUGAAAAAGACUUGGAAGAAGCUGAGGAAUAUAAGGAAGCACGUUUAGUACUGGAUUCAGUGAAGUUAGAAGCCUGAAGUUUUUCUGUACAGGGUGUUUUUUGCAUUAAAUCUCGAGGUCCAUUCCACAAUUCAUUGUUUUUGACCACUGCUGUGUGUUCAAGUAGUAUGAGAAUGUGAUUCUUUUUAUGCAGUUGCAUUCGUUUUUCUUUUCCUAAUUUAAGGUGUCAAAUAAAUGAGUUCAUCUAAUAAAA